UCUUGGUGUCUACUUUGCCCAGCAUUAGGCCUCAGCAGCGCUGAUCCUAUCCUUCCAGGGUUACCGUACGCCGCAUUAUCCUGUGCUUAGUGACGAUGUGCGGGGGAGAGUAGCUUUGGACUUAUAUGUUCUCUUUCCCUGCCUCUUGUGCAUUCUAGUCGUCACCACCACUCCGACCAGGUCACAAGUCAGACGGCGGCAAACGAAAGCAGAGCGGCUUCAAAUUUCACGUGGCUCGCCGGUUGCUAGACCUACUAGACUUGCAGUGCUGUGUGGUAGGUGCGCGCUGUCCUUUAGUAAACAUGCCGCGGUGGUGCGCGCUUUCCGUGGCUGUUCUCGGGUUCUUUACCGUCCUAGUAUACACUGAAGCUCAAGAGAUUCUGUGCCCUCAACACAAGCACUUGGAAGGCGAGGUACAACAAUGCAAGGAAUUACUUCCCGACCUAUCAGGCAAAAAAGAAAAGCUGGCUGCAGUGAGCAUUCGUUACGGCCUUCGCUGUGCACGGGAGGUUGACCCCGACAUCUCGCUUCCUGACAUCAGGGAGCGUCGCUGCAAAAAGGACGACCCUCAGGAUUUUCCGAGAAAGUUCUACCAGUGCUGGAACAGGCUACUCGACACUGACGAGCUAUUGACAAGAGUUGGCUUUAGCGGUGAAGAGCUUGAGAAUUUCAGAGCUGCCGCGAAAUGCGUCAAUAACGUCAUCGAAAGGACCUUGGCUGAAUAAAUAUCAUUACUUCGGGCUCACCAUCAAGGAA